AUGGAGAAGAUGAAGCAGUUGAUACAUCAGCGCGGUCAAGUGAAAGGGCGAGUAACGAAAAUCGUUAGGAAGCUUAGUGAAGCGGCAGAUGAACCGGAAACCACGAGUUUUUCGCAGUUGAAGGCAUUAGAGAAGAAACUGGAACUGAAUUUCUCCGAGUACACAACGAAGCAUGACUUGAUCAUUGACAUGUGCAACGGUGAGAAUUUGGAGGAACAGGAUGAGAAGAUGGAGGAGUUCGAUGAGCUGCAUACUGAUGCAUUGAUGAAGCUUAAUCUUCUGAUGGAUUUCUUCCGUAGUAAUCCCGCACCGACUAACGUUGGAGCUCCUCAAGUAAUCGUCACCCAGCAACCUCUAAGGCCACCGAUUCCAACUUUCGAAGGAAGGCCAAAAUUCAAGGCACUAUUCAACGACCUGGUUGGAAAGUGCGGUGACUCCGAUGCAACCAAGCUACAGUACCUUGACAAAGCAUUGAUUGGGGAUGCUUCUGGAAUACUGGACGCUAGAAUCAUCAAUAACAACAACUACCUGCAAGCGUGGAAGCUGUUAGAAGAGCGUUUUGAGAAUCCUAGAGUGAUUAUUGAUACUCACAUAUCUGGUUUGCUGUCUAUGAAAGCAAUUUCCAAGCAGAGCUACAAGGAUUUGAGAUCACUAAUCGACACGUGCAGUCGUCAUGUGGAAGGCCUGAGGUUCAUGAAACAGGAGGUUGACGGAACGGCGGGACUCAUCGUAGUGAAAUUAUUAGCCAUGUGCCUGGAUGGAGAAACACGGAAGCAGUGGGAGCAAACCUUGGAGCAUGGCGAACUUCCCGAUCUGGAUGACACCCUGAAGUUUCUCCGCAAUUAUUGCCAGGUACUCGAGAGAUGCGAGGUAGACAUAGCGUCAGCAAAGAUAGCAUUUAAACCACUUGCAACCGGAAGAACAACCGCCCAACCGAUAAAUUCGCAUCCAGUGACUUCGAGUUUAUCGGAUAAUGUGUGUGAAUUAUGUGAAGGUCAGCACAGCAAUUACAAAUGUUCUAAAUUCUUGAGCAUGAGUAUCGAUCAGUGUGUUACCAAAGUGAAACAAGUUGGAUUAUGUUUUAACUGCCUUCGUAAGGGUCAUCAAAGCAGAAUCUGUCCCUCGGACAAGGUAUGUUCGAAGUGCUCUAAAAGGCACCAUACAAUGCUGCAUUUCGAGCAGGUGCCCCAAGCUGAAUCGGAGCAACAGAGUGAUAGCGGAGAAUCUGGUUCAACCGAAGUGAAGACAGUAUCAACAUUGCUCCCGGAAAAUCCUGUGUCCACAGCAUGUUCUAGUGUUCAGCGACGAGCGAAACAAGUGCUUUUGAUGACGGCAUUAGUGAAUGUAGUGGCGAAGAGUGGAAAGUCCUUGAAAUUACGUGCUCUUCUUGAUUCGGGAUCUCAAGUCAACUUGAUUUCUGAUUCCGCCGUGAAGCUACUGUCUCUUACAAAGUAUCCAGCCAAUAUUCCUGUAGUGGGCGUGGGUGGUACUCGAUCUCAGAUUCGACAUCAUGGGAUCUUGAAGCUAUUCUCUGAUUAUUCUAAAUUCGAGAGUAAUGUGGACUGUUUGGUGACAACGAGAGUGACGGGAAAGAUUCCAUCCGUUGCAGUCAAGAUCUCGGAAUGGAAGUUUCCUACUGGAAUUGUGUUGGCCGAUCCCAGUUUUAAUGAAUCGAAGGAUGUGGAUCUACUGAUUGGUGCGGAGCUAUUUUUCCAAAUUUUGAAGCAAGCCCAGUUGAAGAUUUCCGAGGAUUUGCCUACUCUGUAUGAGACCCAAUUCGGGUGGGUUAUGGCUGGUGCUAUAGAUGAAGUCGAUGAUGAAGUCGUAAACGUAUUAUGCGCAACUGAUGAGGACCCAUUACUGAAGAGUAUUCAAAGAUUUUUUGAACAAGAGGAGCUUCCAGAGGAGAGGGUACUCACGAGUGAGGAAGAAGCGAUUGAGGAGCAUUUUCGUUCAACGUACCAUCGAGAUGAGCAAGGCCGUUUUGUGGUUCAACUUCCGUUCCGUGAAUCUCUCAACCAAUUAGGGGAUUCUCGGUCAUUAGCAAUGAGAAGAUUCUUGUCAAGUGAGAGGCGCCUGGCCAACGACCCUGAGAUGAAGAAUAUGUACCAAUCCUUCCUUAAGGAAUACGAAGACCUCGGCCACUGUCAUGAGAUUCGCGAGGAAGACGAUCCUCCGGGUCAACAGAGUUACUACUUUCCGCAUCAUGCUGUCCUUAAACCUUCAAGUACUAGCACAAAGUUACGUGUUGUGUUUGACGGAAAGGCGAAGUCUAAUGGUUUAUCUCUUUAUGAGGUUUUGAUGAUCGGCCCUAAGAUCCAGAGCGAUCUGUUUUCUAUCGUACUCCGUUUCAGAAAACACGUUUAUGCAUUUUCAGCUGAUGUCGAGAAAAUGUAUAGACAGGUGAAAAUUGAUCACAGUCAAACCCGAUAUCAAAGAAUAUUUUGGCGAGACCAACCGAAUGAACCGUUGAGGGUGUUGGAAUUGACAACGGUGACCUACGGGACGUCACCCGCUUCAUUCCUAGCCGUAAGGUCUAUGCUGCAACUAGCAAGAGAAGAAAAGGUUAACUUUCCUGCCGCAGCGCAGGUCGUGACGGAGGAUUGUUACAUGGACGAUGUGUUGAGUGGUGCUUCUACUUUGGACUCUGCAAAACAAUUGAGAUCCGACAUUGAGGAGCUUCUGAAGAGAGGAAUGUUUCCAGUCAGAAAGUGGUGUUCGAAUGACGAAGAUGUGCUUGAAGGUGUCCCCGAGCAGGACCGUGACACCUUGGUGCGCAUUCAAGAUUCAAGCACAAACAAGACCAUUCGGGCCUUGGGUAUUUUGUGGAAUCCACGAAGUGACAUGUUCCUGUUUUGUAGAAACCCUGAAUCUACCCAUAUUGACGGUAGCGUGACGAAAAGAAGUGUACUAUCCCUUAUCGCAAAACUUUUCGAUCCGUUGGGCCUCAUAUCUCCUGUCAUAGUAUUGGCCAAAUCCAUCAUGCAGCAAUUGUGGAGUGAUGGUAUUGGCUGGGAUGAUAAAAUUGAGGGUGGAGUGUUGGAUAAGUGGAUGAUUUUCCAACAUGCCCUAGUGAAAUUGAACGAAAUAGAAAUUCCUAGAUGUGUUGUGGUUCCCGAAGCGCAUCGUAUCGAGAUUCAUGGUUUCUCUGAUGCAUCGUGUAUUGCCUAUGGUUCCUGUAUAUAUUUGCGAUGUAUCCGGGAAGAUGGAGUGGUAUCAGUUAAAUUGUUAUGCAGUAAGUCAAGGAUCGCUCCUUUGCGGCGUCUUACGAUGCCUAGAUUGGAACUUUGUGCUGCCGUUACGCUAGCAAGAUUGGCUAACGCAGUGAUACCUAUCUUGAACAUCAAAAUCGAUGAUGUGAAACUGUGGAGUGAUAGUCAAAUUGUGCUGGCCUGGAUAAAGAAGAAUCCAGAUCAACUCCAGGUCUACGUCAGAAACCGAGUGUUGGAGAUUGAUAGAUUGUGUAGUGCUUAUGAGUGGAAAUACGUCAAGUCAGAAGAUAAUCCAGCAGAUCUAGUGUCCAGAGGGUGUUAUCCAGAAGUAUUACGACGUUCAGAUAUCUGGUGGAAUGGCCCACCAUUUUUGCGACAUAUUGACUACGAGAUGCAGGAGACUCCGGUGAUUCACGACGACGAAUUGCCAGAGUUAAAGGCGCAACUAUGUAAUCCAGCAGUCGAGAUUGAGGAUGAACCUGUAUUCCAGCGGUGUGGAACCUUUUCGAAACUCCAACGCGUAUUGGCUCAGGCGGUGAGAUUCACACGGCUUGUUAGAAUGUCGAAAGAGAAUCGUGCAGAUAACAAAUACAUCUCUGUGCAAGACAUACGAAAGGCGACCUUGUACAUAAUACGAGUUCUACAGAAGAGAGAAUUGUGUGAGGAGAUUCAGUGUGUUCAGCGAGGAGAGUUACCAAAACGACAUGCGAAUCUUCAACCUUUCUUAGAUAAACAAGGAUUGCUACGUGUAGGUGGUCGGCUGCAAAAUUCUAAACUUCCGUUUGACGCCAAACAUCAAUUACUUCUUCCGCAAAAUCACCGAGUCACGGAAAUGUUAAUUCGCAAAUAUCACGAAGAGAGAUUACAUGAAGGGCCAUCCGGCCUGCUGGCAGCGAUACGUCAGAAGUACUGGUUAAUCAAUGCUAGAUCUGCCAUUCGGAAGGUGACUCGGAGCUGUGUUAAGUGCUUUAGAGUCAAUCCAAGAGGAGUGCAACCUUUAAUGGGAAAUCUUCCUGAGGAACGUGUGAACAUUGCAGCAGCAUUUGAACUCACCGGAGUUGACUAUGCCGGCCCUGUGAUAGUGAAGGAAGGAAGGUACAAGCCAAAACACAUCAAGGCAUACAUCGCGUUGUUUGUGUGUCUUACGACGAAAUCAAUCCAUCUCGAGCUAGUUUCGGAUUUGACUACGGAAUCAUUUCUCUCUGCGUUGGAUCGGUUUGUCAAUCGACGAGGGAUGGUCCGUAAAAUAAUGUCGGACAAUGCAACCAAUUUCGUUGGAGUUUCUAACGAGCUCCAUCAGCUAUUUCUAAUGUUUCGUAACGAGAUCGAAAGAGUGAAAAUCAACGAUUUCUUGCUCAAACUUGCUAGAUCUCCAAAUUUUGGAGGAUUAUGGGAAGCAGGAGUAAAGGUUGUUAAGUCACAUCUACAUCGAACAUUGGGAAACGCAAUUCUGACAUUCGAGGAGUUUUCUACUGUUCUGACGCACAUCGAAGCUAUAGUCAAUUCCAGACCUUUGUAUGUUCUAUCUGAUGACCCAAGUGAGCCGCUACCGAUAACCCCUUCUCAUCUAAUGUUUGGUAAACCAUUGGAGCCGAUCCAGAAGCCUUCGUACGCCGGUAUAGCGGCUAAUCGUUUAUCGCGCUAUCAAUAUUUGAAUCAUCUGCGCGAACAGUUUUGGUCAAGAUGGUCGCGUGAAUAUUUGUCUACACUUCAGUCAAGAGCAAGAUGGGCAAAAAGUGAACCAAACUUGAAAAUGGGUACCAUUGUGCUAUUAACGGAAGACAAUCUACCAGUUCAAUCAUGGAGGAUGGGCCAAAUUGUUGCGCUUUACCCAGAUAGGGACAAUGUGAUUAGAGUCGCCGACGUCAAGACCACAACGGGCAUUUUUCGUCGCUCUAUUCGAAAAUUGGCACCUCUUCCUAUUGCUGACAACGUCGAAUCAUCGAUUCCUGUUUUGGAAUAA